AUGACUUGGAGUAACACGGCACCGAAGGACGCGCCCGAACCAAAACCCACUCUAUCACCAGUCUGUAAUCCUGCAAAAGAUAGAUUUAAUGAAUGGGAACAUACGGAUAGAAUUAUUGUAGAGGAACUUCCGCCGCUACAAGCAGUAUCAGAAUGUGGUUCUACAUCCAAUGACGAAGGUAACCAAAAAGUAAAAUCUUACAAAAUCAAACGAGGUACGAUAGAAAGAAAAUGUAAAGAACAUUGGAAGGAUAUAAAAAGAAAAAAGUUAACAAACUCUGGGCAACCAUAUAUAAGCAAGAGUGGUAAAUUUAGACGUGGCAAACAAAUAGGUCCUGCUUGCCCAACUACUUGUAAACUUAAGUGCUAUGCGAAGUUCAACGACACUAUUCGGAAAAGCAUACACAAGGAGUUUUGGAAUUUAUCAGAUCACUGCAAACAUUGGAAAUAUAUAAAUGAGUAUGUAGAAAAAACAAACAAGAAGCGGAUGACUACAGAAUCUUCUCGACGCCAAUAUACGAUGAAAUAUUAUUUACCUUUGCCUGUAGAUGAAAAUACAAAGUCUUACGAACGUGUAAGAGUCUGCAGUAGAAUUUUCAAUAACACCUUAAGCAUUUCCGAUCGUUUUGUGCGUACUGCACUUAAUAAGCUAAGUUGUGGUACUUUAACUGAUAAUCGAGGAAAGCAUAACAAUCAUCGAAUCGCGAUUGAUGAAAGCAUGAUUGAAAGUGUUUGCGACCAUGUCUCCUCGUUCGAACUAAUAAAAUCUCGCUGCAAAUAUUAUUUAUCUAUGCUAUCAAGUGAAGAUUCUGAAGAAAAUGGAUUGGUUUCUAUUGGAGGAAUUAUUGCAGAGGAACUGCCAUAUUUAACAACUUUUUCGGAAAGCUCACCAAAUAUUGAUGAGUAUAGCCGUAGAAUAAAACCCCAAAAACCGUCUCUAUUAGAUAAGAAGAGAAACAGACCUGAAAAUCAAUGGAUUGAUACAAGAAGAAAGAUGCUAGUGAACUCUGGGCAAUCAUAUGUUAGCAGGAAUGGAGGACCUUCUCGACGCAAAUAUACAACUAAAUAUUUUUUACCUUUACCUACAGAAGAUGAUCCUUUGUCAUACAAACGAGUACAAGUAUGUCUUAAAUUUUUCAUUAACACUUUGAGCACUUCUUAUAAAGUUGUACGUACAGCAGUUAGCAAACUUGAUUCUGAAUGUAUAACUUUGACUGAUAAUCGAGCCGAAUGGACUACAUCUAAAAGGGGCAAGAGUAUGAUAAAGUGUGACGGAUACACGUUCUCUCGAAGGCCUGGAUUGGGAAAGGCUCUUCACGAGGAUGAUGUUCUAAACGAUAUAUUACAAAAUGGUAAUUUUUCGGAAAUUGAAGUUUCUGAUCAAGAUGAUUUAGAUUUUAAACCAAAUAAUUUAUUUAACCAAAUUGAAGAUCAUCUGAAUGAUGAGGAACAUGACUUUCAAACAAUGGUAGAAAGACCUUCAUUUAAGUCUGUGGUGCAGUUAAGCCCUGGUACUAGAACACGUGAUAACUCGCACCAAAAGAAACCAGUUUCUGCGUUCACCACAAAAAAAAAAUUAUCUACACCAAAUUCUAAAAGAAAACGCAUAUGGAAGCAGGUUCCAUUUGAAAAUAAACAGCACUACUACACUUCUUUGCCUACAAAACCUGUAAGGCGACCAAUCGAUUACUUCCGUGAUUACUUUGAUGAUGCAUUUUUAGAAAAAGUUUCUUACUGUACUAACUUAUAUUACUUUCGAACGAAUGGUAUUGAGCUUAAGUGUACAAGUUCUGAAAUCGCAAAGCUCUUUGCAAUACAUAUGAUCAUGGGCUGCAUUCCGUAUCCCAGGUUAUCUAUGUACUGGAAAGCUGGUACAAAGCUAGGAUUAAUCUCCGACUUGAUGCCAAGGGACAGAUUUCUGACAAUUCGCAAUGCACUUCAUGUCAUUGAAACUGAUUUACCGCUUGAUCAUGAAAAGGAGAACCCAUUGUGGAAAGUGCAGCCUAUGAUCAACAAAGUAAAAGAUACUUGUAAUAGACUGGAAAGAAGCCCCGGAUUUUAUUCCAUAGAUAAGAAGAUAAUACCAUUUUCAGGUAGAUGUAAGCUACGACAGAUGGUUAAACAUAAAGUUAUAGGUCUUAAAAACUUUGUCUUAACCACAAGUGAAGGAUUAAUACUUGAUUUCGCUAUCUAUAAAGAUGAAAAGUUCUUUGGAGAGACGAACCUUGGUCUUGGGCCUGCUAUAAUCUUACAUUUAACUAAAAGUGUUCCCUCUGGCAGUUGCAUUUAUUUUGACCGAUAUUUUACUACUAUACCUUUGAUUGAAGAAAUGGAAAAGUUAAAUCUGCACGCUACGGGAACAAUAAUGCAAAAUAGAAUCUCAAACCAAACGACGAUCAAAUUCAAUAAAGAUUCUAAUAUGGAUUGUGGAGGAAGCGAACAGUUCGUUUGUGAGCCUAUCACAGUAGUAAAAUGGAAGGAUAAUAAAUCUGUAAUACUUGCAUCAAACUGUACCGGUGUCGAUGAAACAAUAAAUGUAAAAAGGUGGGAUAAAUUUAAUAAAAGGUUAUUUGAUAAAAUUACUAAACAAUAUCAUCAUGUCGAUAACGUUGGUACUAAAAUAAAUAAUGAUAUUAUUGAAGCCAGUUAUAUUUAUUUUACGGCUCCAUAUCUGGACCUAGGACUCGGUCCUGGGAUCAAGUCC